AUGAGCGAUCGAGAUCGAAGCCGGUCACCCCGCCGACACGAUACCGGUGACCGAGAUCGACCGAAGAAGACGGGCGGCUUCCGAUGGAAGGAGAAGAGGCGCCACGAUGAAUCCCGCGGCGAUGACCGCAGGUUAGACCGUGGAUACAGAGACCGAGGGGACCGCCCACACUCACCACGGAGGGAUCGCGAUGGCGACGGCCCCGGAGAUAGAUCCAGAGACAGCGAUCGUGACCGCGAUCGUGAGCCGCGACGACGCGACGACCGCAACGCACCCCGGGAAGACCGCGAGAAAACAGAGAAGAAGGAGAAGAAAAAGAAACUCGUUGCGCCGCAGUCAUCCGAGCCCAUGAUUGUUGUCCAUGUGAACGACCGUCUGGGCACCAAAGCUGCGAUCCCCUGUCUGGCCUCGGAUCCUAUCAGUAAGUCCAGCCCCGGCAUCUUAUGGAGACUCCUGGCCCAGCCAUACUCAUACCACCUUCGUUUUCAGAGCUCUUCAAAGCCCAAGUUGCCGCCCGAAUCGGUCGUGAACCACACGAGAUCCUUCUAA